AUGAGCUGGUUUGGAAUCUACAGGAGAGAACGCGAGUGCGGGGACGAGAAGCUGCGUGAGGUGAGGAAAGGGACGCACAGACAGCUGAAGGAGAACAAGCACUGCCAUGGACCCACGCACCGCUUACUGCUGCUGGGGCCUAUGGGAUCUGGCAAAAGCACCCUUUUCAAGAAGGUAAAGAUGCUGCGUGGGCAGAGGUUUGAUGGAGCUAGUGAGCGGGCCUCUGAAGUGCAGAAGGUCAGAAACUCCUUAAAGGAAGCAGUUGAAAAUGUCUUGUUGGCUAUGAGUAGCUUGCGGCCACCUGCUGAGCUGGCCCACCCUGAGAACCAGUUCAGAGUGGACUACAUCCUGGGGGCCAGAGAUGAGCUCAGGUUCAGUUUUCCUCCUGAAUUCUUCGAGCACAUCAAGGCGCUGUGGGAGGACGAGGGUGUGCGCUCCUGCUACAACCGCUGUGCACAGGCCGGGCUGCUAGACCACUCCCGCUACUUCCUGGACAAGAUUGAUGUCAUCAGGAAGCCCCACUAUAAGCCCAGCCCCGAGGAUCUCUUUCGCUGCCGCAUCCACAUCCCAAGAAUCUUUGAUAGCAAGUUUCAAGUGGACGAAGUCAACUUCCACAUGUUGUGCGUGAACGGGCUCUACUACAUCAACCGGGUAUGGGCCGAGAUCCUCAAAAACUACACUGCCAUCAUCUUCAUGGUGGACAGCAGCAGCUACGACCAGAAUUUCAUGGGAACCAACAGACUGCAGGAAGCUCUCAACAUUUUCAGGUCCCUCUGGUGCAGAUGUCCUCGCCCCUACUGUGUGCUUCUCUUCCUCAACAAGCAAGAUCUCCUGGCUGAGAAAGUACUUGCUGGGAAAUCGAAGAUCGAAGACUACUUUCCAGAAUUUGCUUACUACACUACUCCUGAUGAUGCUGCUUCUGAGCCUGGAGAGGACCCUCGCGUGACUCGGACCAAGUACUUCAUUCGGGACAAGUUUCUGAACAUCGCCAGUGCUGGUGGCAAUGAGGACAGCCACUGCUAUCCUCAGUUCACCUGUGCUAUGGACCAUAGGAACAUCCAGCGGGUGUUCAGCGAGUGUGCCCCACUGCUCCUGCACUCAGUGAAGGAAAGAGCUGCUCUUAGGAGUAAACUGUGCUUUGAUUAA